UAAUCAUUCCUCGGUGACUAUAAAGGGUUUUAGUCCUUCCAGAAACUCUCAAAACACCCUAUCUCAGAGACACACACAGAGAGGUCAAAGAUCACUCUUCUUAAUAAAAUGCCUCAACAUUCUCAUCACGUUCCCAAGUUUGGCAACUGGGACAGUGACAACGUUCCAUACACUGCAUACUUCGAGCAUGCACGCAGAGAAAAGGGUAGGAUGACGAUGAUGAAUCCUAAUGACCCAAUAGAAAACCCUGAGGCCUUCAACAACAAGUGCAUGAGAGUUGGUGUUAAUAUGGAUGACGCUACGGCUUUUGGUGGGUAUUCCCACAACGGAAAUUCUUUGGAAAAUGGAAGGUUUGUGGCUUUGGGGAACCACACUCAACGGCAUAUGCGUGGCAGGAGCAGGGGUAGUGAUGGUGGCUCCACAACGGAUUUUGAUGAAUCUGAGAGUCAGAGAAGCCCCCGAUCAAAUCACAAGCGGAACAUAUCGAAAGGAGGAAGCAGCAUUAAGAGCUUCUCUUCGUCGAGUCAUACUACAAACAAGAGUAGAAACUCUUCCUUCAACGACCCACCGAACAAUAGAGCACCUGCAAUACCAAAAUUUGGUACUUGGGAUGUCACAAAUCCCAAUUCAGGAGAGGGUUAUACUGCUAUAUUCAACAAAAUAAAAGAAGAGAGGCAAAUCAAGUCCACCAACAUCACCAAUACUCCACCACUUCACAAAUCAAAUAUUCAGAACCAAUAUGCUGGAUCUUUCUCCUGGUUUUCUAAGUACUGUUGCUGUGGUUUCCAAGCCAAAACAAAUGAAGGCAGAAUUUAAUAUAAUGAAGGUCCCAUUUCCCUCAUUGACUUUGUUUUCCCCCGUUGUGUGAUUCCAUUUAUUUGGGACGUUCAUCCAAUUCUUCAAAUUGUUUCAGUUUCAUUUAUUUGAGCCUUUUGUCAUUCUAAUAUAAUGUAAUAAUGUAUGUGCACAUAUUAAUUGAGUGAAGGAAAAAUAAUUUCUGGGUGUGACAUUU